AUGAUUAGAAAAAUACUGUGUUCAUUUUCAAACGUGGUUAGACUGCCAACCAGACUAUGUUCUUGUGUAUGUCACCCGUCGCCUGUGCCAAGUAACACCAAGCUCACUAUCCUCGACAAUGGAGUUCGAGUCGCCACAGAGACCAACGCUUCGUCAGUCGCUGGCGUCGCAUUGUUCAUCGAAGCUGGUUCCCGGUUUGAAACCGCAUGUAACAACGGAAUAACACAUUUUGUAGAACACAUGGCAUACAAAGGUUUCAACUCCAUGAACAGAUGCCAACUCCAGGAGCUACUGAGAUGUAUGGGGGCGAAGAUGACGGCGUACACGUCACGAGAGAUUCAAGUAUUCUCAGCGAAAUGCCUAACAGAUAAUGUCCCAGUCAUGGUGGGUAUUUUGUCUAAUGUCAUCGCCGAUUUAGCACUGAAUGAAUGUGAUGUUGAAGUGGAAAAGAUGAACAUGCAAUUAGAGUUGAUGGAUGCAGACCGGGACCCAAGAACUGUUCUUUUUGACUACCUCCACGCUACAGCAUUCCAAGGUACACCUUUAGCUAAACGUGUCAUCGGAACCUCGGAGAAUAUUGAACGUUUUGAUAAAUUCUAUACGACAGCAUUCCUCUGUGAACACUAUCAACCAUAUAAACUGGCUCUCAUUGGCGUAGGGAAUAUUCACCACGAAAAUAUGGUUUGUUAUGCCCAAGCGAAAUUAGGCCACAUGGUUGGAGAUCCCUGCUGUGAGUCAGAAGAAGGUCCCACCCGCUUUACAGGAUCUCAGGUGCUGUUUCGUGACGACUCCAUGCCUUUUGCCCACGUGGCUGUCGCUUUUGAAGUGUCUGGCUACAACAGUCCUGACUACAUGCAGCUAUUGACAGCGAAAAAUAUGAUUGGCACUUGGAGAAAGGGCCAAGGAGGCGGCACAAAAAAUGGGUUUCCAUUAGCUCAAGCUGCGGCUACGGAGGACAUCUGUGAAUAUUUUGAAUCAUUCUAUAUCCCAUACCGCGACGUGGGUCUGUGGGGGAUAUAUUUUGUUGCUCGCAAAAUGGAUGUAGAGGAUAUGCUGCAUAACAUCCAGAAUGCAUGGAUGCAUCUGUGUGUCACGACACAAUUUUACGACGUGGAAAGGGCAGUAAACCAAUUAAAGUUGCAGUUUGCCAAGAAUAUUGAGGGUAAUAUGCGGUCUUGCCAUGAUCUCGGGUUACAGACAAUGUACUCUUGUGGGAGAAGUGGCUUAGAUGACAUGUUCCAUGAAUUGAAGGGUAUUGAGCAGCAGGGCCUAAAGGCUGUAAUGGACAAAUACAUCUACGAUCGUUGCCCUGCCGUGGCUGCUAUUGGACCGGUUGAAGGUUUGCCCGAAUAUACUAGAAUAAGGGCUGGUCAGUACUGGCUAAGACUUUAA